AUGGCAGCAACCGUUGACUCCAAUAACUGGGGGGUAGGCAUGUUUGUAGCAAGGGUGAUAAGGGUGCCGCUUAUGGCCCCUGAGGUACGCUGGGUACUGGAUGGGUCGACCGUGUAUAUAUAUGGAGGUGCCAGGCGGCCAUGUGACAGUAUGGAUGGGUCGACGGUGUAUAUAUAUGUGAGUGGCGAUAAGCAUAGUCGGCAGUAUAUAUAUGGAGGUGGCCGUAUAUACAAAAGUGCGCAAUGUGGCCAUCAGCCCUUAUGGCAAGGCUAUGUGGUACUGGAUAUGGGUGGGUACGGAUGGUUGUGGCAGGGUAGUACUGGGUAUGGCAAGGGUAUGGAGAAUAAGACUGGGCGUGACAAGGGUAUGGCUGGCUAUGGAUGGUUAAGGCAACACUUGGUAACGGGGUGUACUGGUGUGACGGAAGAUGUUUUGGAUGUUCUAAGAACUUUAACUCUUAAAUCAAAAGAUGAAGAUCGACGCUAG